UGGUGAGCAGGAGGCGGUCACGGCCCGGCUGGGUGCCUGAGGAGGAGCCGGAGAUGGCGGCGGCGGAGGCGGUGCACCACAUCCACCUGCAGAACUUCUCGCGGUCCCUGCUGGAGACCCUCAAUGGGCAGAGGCUGGGUGGACACUUCUGCGAUGUGACUGUGCGCAUCCGCGAGGCUUCGCUGCGUGCACACCGCUGCGUGCUGGCCGCUGGCUCGCCCUUCUUCCAGGACAAGCUGCUGCUCGGCCACUCUGAGAUCCGCGUGCCGCCAGUGGUGCCCGCGCAGACGGUGCGCCAGCUCGUCGAGUUCCUCUACAGCGGCUCGCUCGUGGUGGCGCAAGGCGAAGCUCUGCAGGUGCUCACCGCCGCGUCAGUGCUUCGCAUCCAGACGGUUAUCGACGAGUGUACGCAGAUUAUCGCGCGCGCCCGCGCCCCGGGAACCCCUGCGCCCGCGCCCCUGCCCACGCCUGUGCCCCCGCUGCUUGCACCCGCGCAGCUGCGCCACCGCCUGCGCCACUUGCUGGCCGCGCGCCCCCCCGGGCACCUCGGCGCCGCGCACAGCCGCAAGCAGCGGCAGCCCGCGCGUCUGCAGCUACCCGCGCCCCCCGCGCCCGCCAAGGCGGAGGGGCCUGACACCGACCCCGCACUGCCUGCGGCCACCGACGAGAGGAGUGAGGACGACGAUGACGACGAGGACAGCGAUGAUGAGACCGACGGCGAGGACGGCGAAGGUGGCGGCCCGGGCGAGGGCCAGGCACCCCUUUCCUUCCCCGACUGCACCGCCGGCUUUCUUACUGCCGCCCCUGACAGCCUGCGCGAGGACCCCCCUGCACCCACCAGCCUAGCUGAUUACAACGGUGCCGGGAGAGACUUCCUUCGGGGGGCUGCAGCGGCAGAGGACGCGUUCCCAGACAGCUACGUGUCCGCUUGGCACGACGAGGACGGCGCCGCUGCAGAAGGCUGUGCCGCUGAGACCCCUGUCCCGCCCGACUGCGUCCUAGCGGGACCCCGCCCGCCAGGCGUGAAGACCCCAGGGCCGCCUGUCACUCUCUUCCCAUUUCACCUGGGCGCUCCCGGGCCGCCCGCACUUCCCCCUCCCGCGCCGUCUGGGCCGGCCCCUGCGCCCCCGCCCGCCUUCUACCCGGCCCUCCAGCCGGACGCGGCCCCCAGCGCUCAGCUGGGGGAGGCCCCAGCCCCACCUGCCGCUCCUGCCACUGCCACUGCCCCCUCAGGCACACCUGCGCGCGCCCCGGGUGCCGAGCCGCCUGCCUAUGAGUGCAGCCACUGCCGCAAGACGUUCAGCUCGCGGAAAAACUACACCAAGCACAUGUUCAUCCACUCGGGGGAGAAGCCACACCAGUGCGCCGUGUGCUGGCGAUCCUUCUCGCUGCGCGACUACCUGCUCAAGCACAUGGUCACGCACACGGGCGUGCGCGCCUUCCAGUGCGCCGUCUGCGCCAAGCGCUUCACGCAGAAGAGUUCACUCAACGUGCACAUGCGCACGCACCGGCCUGAGCGCGCGCGCGGCAAGGUCUUCUCGCACCGUGCGCUGCUGGAGCGUCACCUGGCCGCGCACCCUACACCUUAACAGGGGCCCGGGGCCUGGCCAAACCCGCAGUGGGAUCGAGGGGGUUCCUGCGCAGUUGGCAACACCCACUACGGAGCUGGACA